UUGAUCGAGCUCCAUUAAAGAGGUUCUCAGUUUGUUCUUGGCAUCACCGAGUCGACUUCACUACUCUUUUUGCCCGUGUAAUAGUUUAAUUAAAAAGUAUUUUUGUAAAAUAAGUGAACAACGUAUAAACCAGUGCGAGAAAAAUAUUAAUUUUCGGUAAAAUAGUGAAAUAUAGCCGCACCGCCCAGAAACAAAUAAAAUCGAUAAUUUUUUAUAUAUACAUACACGACAUACACGACGUACGGAGGAAAAAAGGGUGUAGGUCCUUUUUUAGUUAAAUAGGAGAAUAAUUAGUAGUUUGUACGGAAAAGUACAUCUUAUCAGGCUCUGAAUUCAGUGUGUGACAAAUGAACGACUUUAAAAUGACCGGAAUAGAGGUACAAGCAAACCAAACUCAAGCUAAACCUGUCCAGCAAAAUGGAGACGCGUCCUCUGCACAACAGCAACAACAGAACUCUGAGGCACGCACAAACUUAAUUGUAAAUUACUUGCCGCAAACCAUGACCGAAGAGGAAAUCAGAUCGCUCUUCUCGAGCGUCGGCGAGGUUGAAAGCGUGAAGCUGGUGCGUGACAAGUCAGUAAUUAUUGCGAACCCCUUGAUUCCCGGGGCAGCUAAGGGACAGAGUUUAGGUUACGGAUUCGUAAACUACCACCGGCCUCAGGAUGCCGAACAAGCUGUAAAUGUGCUGAAUGGAUUGCGAUUACAAAACAAAGUGAUAAAGGUGUCGUUUGCUCGUCCCAGCUCGGAGUCAAUCAAAGGAGCAAACUUGUACAUAUCCGGUCUCCCAAAGACAAUUACACAGGAAGAGCUGGAAUCGAUAUUUAGUCCUUUCGGACAAAUUAUUACGUCACGUGUACUUGCUCAAGAAGGCAAUGACAAGCCCAAGGGGGUUGGAUUCAUUCGUUUUGAUCAACGGAAGGAAGCCGAACGGGCUAUUCAGUCAUUAAAUGGCACCGUUCCACAAGGCUUAACUGACCCAAUUACAGUGAAAUUUUCAAAUACACCCGGCAGCAAUAACAAGAUUGCAGCACCUGUCCUCCCAGCAUUUUUGAAUCCGGCAUUAACACGGCGCUUGGGAGCAAUCCAUCAUCCCAUCAACAAGGGAUUGGCACGAUUUUCACCAAUGGGAGGAGAUGUGCUUGAUGUAAUGCUUCCUACCGCUGCACCAACAAUUGCACCGGCCGGAGGAUGGAGUAUUUUCAUUUACAACUUGGCACCCGAGACAGAAGAAAGUGCUUUGUGGCAAUUGUUCGGUCCCUUUGGUGCUGUUCAAAAUGUAAAAAUUAUUAAGGACAACGCAACAAAUCAAUGCAAAGGAUACGGAUUCGUUACAAUGACAAACUACGAAGAAGCUAUGCUGGCCAUACGAGCAUUGAAUGGAUACACACUCGGAAAUCGAGUGCUGCAAGUAUCAUUCAAAACCAACAAAUCAAAAAUGGGAGAAAAUUAAAUAAAUGGAAAUGAAGAAACUUAGAACAAACUAGAAAAUUAUCAAAAAUAAAAUAAAAUUUUAGACAAGAAGGGCUAGAUGAUGGCCUUACUACCAUUUACAAUAGUCAAAUAACAUCAAGAAGAAGGAUUGUAGAGCAUCUUUAAACUAAUAUACAUUGUUUCUUCAUCGUCCAGUCUUAACUACUAAUAUAAUUAAUUAUUAAUUUAAUAUAUUUAUACAAGAAACUUUUUCUUA